GUUGGUUCAUUUGUGGAAAUGGCUUCUCUACGUUUGGUCUGCCUUGCUGUAGUCUUGAUUUUAGGACUAGUCCAAGCCCUGGACAUUCCCAAGGUUAAGGAUGUGCCUGUUUUGGUCAAGACUCUUAAGAAUUUAAGCCGUGGCCCGCCGCAGCAGGUGAUGACUAAGCGUGUCAAUGUCCAGGAAAAAUGGAUCACCCAGAAACUGGACAACUUUGACGAGUCCAACACUGCGACCUAUCAAAUGCGAUAUUUAAUCAAUGAUGAGUUCCAAGCUGAGGGAAGUCCCAUUUUCAUUUACCUGGGUGGCGAAUGGGAGAUCGAGCAAAGUAUGAUCAGCGCUGGGCAUUGGUAUGAUAUGGCCGCGGAGCACAAGGGUGUUCUCGUCUACACCGAACAUCGCUACUACGGUCAAAGCAUUCCCACUUCAACCAUGUCCACUGCCAACCUCAAGUAUUUGGAUGUAAAGCAGGCCUUGGCCGAUGUUGUCAAAUGCAUUGAGACCUUAAAGGCGGAGAAUGCCCAAUUGGCCAACUCCAAGGUCCUGCUGGCUGGCGGUUCUUACUCGGCCACCAUGGUGGUAUGGUUCAAGCGUCUGUAUCCCGACUUGGUCGUUGGUGGCUGGGCCUCCAGUGCUCCUCUUUUGGCCAAGGUUGACUUCACCGAGUACAAGGAGGUGGUCGGCCAGGCCUUCCUUCAGUUGGGCGGCCAGAAGUGCUACGAUAGGAUUGAGAACGGCAUCGCCGAGUUGGAGUCUCUGUUUGCCAAUAAGCGAGGAGCUGAAGCUAGGGCCAUGUUGCGCCUGUGCAAUAGUUUCGAUGACCAAAACGAUCUGGACUUGUGGUCCCUGUUCGGAAGUAUCUCGAACAUAUUUUCUGGCGUGGCGCAAUACCAAAGAGCCGGCGAUAUUGAGUACUACUGCGACUAUCUGUUGAGCUUCCGAGAUGAUGCUACGGCUAUUGCUAACUUUGUGUACUGGGGCUUUGGAAUGCCCAUUUGCAUCGAUGCCACCUACGCCAGCACUGUUGAGUACUAUUUAUGGGGAGUGGAAAACUUCGAUGCUGGUCGUCCUUGGUACUAUCAGACCUGCAAUGAGUAUGGCUGGUACCAAAGCUCUGGCUCCAGGAACCAACCCUUCGGCACCAAAUUCCCCGCCACCCUUUACACGAACCUUUGCGGAGAUGUCUUCAGUUCGCAAUAUGGAAAUGAGCAGAUCAACAACAAUGCAGCCCAGACCAACGAAUACUUCGGAGGCAUGGAGCCCGGAGUGGAGAAUGUCUAUAUGACCCACGGUGCCCUGGAUCCAUGGAAUCCCAUGGGCCAUGGAGUAGCUCAAGGAGCGACCCUCAUCGCCAAUGCCUCGCAUUGUGCCGACUUUGGGUCGAUCUCGUCCUCUGACUCCGCCGAAAUGCGGGCCUCCAAGGAAAAACUCGCUGAUCUGGUGCGCCAGUGGUUGGCUUAAAUUUCAUGACCAAUAUUGGUCAUUUGAUAUUAUUUUAUGUAAUAAAAGAGUAAAAGAAAUAGUAUCAAAUAAAAAGUCUUUUUCUGUGAGUAA